GUCACCAGUUCACUCCCCCGCCUGCCUCAUCUUGAUGAGGACCGACUUCCCUCAGUUCAGUUGCAAAGAAUCAGCCGGCCGAACUGGUCGCAAGGCGCGGACCACACACUCACUCACUCACAGGUCGCGUUGGCGGUCGUUUAGCAGACGCGACACUCUCCUCGUCGUACAUGCGUGUAUUAUUUGUGAGGGGAGCGCGGCGAGAAGUGCGGGCGACGACGUGAAUGAUUAUGGUUCGCGCCCCGGACGGGAUGGUGCCAAGUUGGUGUGAGUCGCAAGAGAGCUGGGACGACGCGCAGCCCUACAUCCUCCUCGGCGGCCGCAUCAGGAGUCGCAUGGACCUGGAAAGCGGUGACGAUGGUUUCGCGUCCGAAUCGGGCUCCCCUUGCGUAGACGCGUACGCCGAGAUGGACUCCCCUCAGAUGUACGACGCCAGCACCCCGGAGGCCAAGAAGCCUUACCAAGGCCUGCAGGCCCACCACCACAACAAUAACAACAACAACCCCCUGGCCAUCAACAACAACAACAAGGCCCUGAUGGCGGUCAAGCAGCAGCAGCAGGUGCAGCAGCACCCCCAGCAGCACCAGCAGCAGCAACAGCAGCAGCAGCAACAACAGCAGCAGCAGCAGACGGGGCCGCACCAGUUCCACCACGACCUGACGGACCUCAACUCCCCCGAGAUCUCCCUGGACCUGCAGCACCUGAUCGAUGACUCGCAGUUCAGCGAGGGGCUGUUCAGUGAAAUCCUCAAUGGGCCGCAGUCGGCGGGCAAGCAGCUGCCCCAGGUGCAGCAGCAGAUGCAGCCGCACCUGCUGGGCGCCACCAACUACCCGCGCAGCCUGGGCUACGGCAUGCAGCAGCCCGUGCACAAUGGCUUCGCCACCAACUCGGGCUCGGACAGCAACUCGUCGAGCGCGUCCGAGAGCCCCAGCAUCAAGGAGGAGCCCGUGGACCCCGUGGAGUUCAGGCGGGCGUGCGCGCAGCAGGGCCCGGGCGCCAUCGGCGCCGUGCACGUGCCGUACUCCAACUCGUACUCGCCGCCCACCACCGCCAACUUCGCCAGCAACGGCGGCGGCUCCACCUUCACCACGCUCACGCCCACCGUGAUGCCGGGCGCCAACGUGCUGCACCACCACGGCCUCGGCCUCAAGGGCCUCAAGGCCUCGCUGCACCACCACCACUCGCGCAAGGGCUCCAAGUCCGUGGACAAGGCCAGCGACGAGUACAAGCGGCGGCGCGAGCGGAACAACAUCGCCGUCAGAAAGUCGCGGGAGAAGGCCAAGAUCCGGUCCAAGGAGACGGAGGAGAAGGUGCGGCUGCUGGUGAAGGAGAACGAGCGCCUGCAGAAGAGGAUCGAGCUCUUGAGCGAGGAGCUCAACGUGCUCAGGUCCCUGUUCACCAACGUCGGCGUGGUGCCCGAGCACCUCCACCGGGAGAUCAACAAGCACCUGGACUCGUUCCAGCAGCACCAGGGCGUGUGAUCCCCGAUGGUGGUGCCCCGCCGUGCCCCCUCCCCCUCCCCCCUCUGUAACCAAAGACAAGCUGGUGGUGCUAGUGUGGUGACUCGAACAAAGAUAGCGGACUUUGUGUGACCUGUUGGACCACCAAACUACCAAAUACACGUGCGCUUGUGUGUAUAAGUACUUUCUCGUAGUGUGCAUUAGUCAAGAUUUUUAUACACAGGUGCGCACAAGUGUGUGACGUCUUGGUUGUGCUUUUUUGUUUUGUCUGGUUCUCGAUAGGCUUGGUGGCCGAAGUGGGCGCCCAGUUGUGUGUUGCAAGCCACGUCGGUAAAACCUAGGCAGAUAGGGUUAUUUUUUUGUUAAAACCAGUGGUUAAAGACGUGGUUUCUACCUCAGCUUUUCAAUAAUAAAAUCAAUUUAACGAUAGGAUCAAAGAUCUCAUUUUCUCCUCUGCCAUUAAAUGGUACAUAUACUCUUUAAAGGAUGUCUUGGCUUUGACGAUGCAGAGAAUUUUCCCCCUCGCUUACCAAGCCUACAGGGAAGUGAAUGCUUCGGAGAGAUUCUUCAGUAUCCAAAGACAUACCUCGGAAUCCCUGUGGAUUCGUUUUGUAACACUAUUAGACUGACGACCGUGUACUUUGAACAAAUAUCCUGUAACGUGAAAAUUUGUGUGCUGGCUGUUUGGACUUUGACGUUUUUCGACUUUGAUUCGCAACAGUUGGCCGAUGAGCACACCCGUUUUCUCGUGUGCACACAUGUCUGUACCCCUGAAAUGCAGUGCCUUACGAACGGUGAUAAAAGUUAAGUAGAGAUGUGCGCGCUUUUCUAAAAACCACGCACACACUGCCCGACCUAUCGUACUGUUAAUAAUUUGUGUUGAUAUUAUAUAAGCCAUUCAUAAUAUGCUAAUGAAGGCUGAAAUAUUUUUAUAUUUUUUACUUUUGAGAAUUCUGUCUUUUUUGAAGAUUGUAGUUUUGCAUGAAGGUGAACAAAACGAGAUUUUGGUCGUCCGUCGUUUUACCAGUUAAAUCAAUAAAAAGCAUUAUCAGUCACAAAUUAUAUUUAAGUUCCCAGAUCUUGAGGUACCAAUCUAGUUUUUUUAAGAGCUGUAGAAUUUUGAGGCUUUUGAGGCCAUUUUGUGGAGUUAUCUGUUACAAAACUUUGCACAACGAUAAUUUUACAGUAAUUGUUCGUUAUAUUGAUUCAGUCAACUAUUCUUUCGUUCUAAACUUCUUUGAGAAGUAAACCAUUUACCUGAUUAGACAGUGACUUAUAAUUGUUGUAGUUAAGAGAAAUAUUUUCAUAUAUUAUAAUUUUAUUUUUAGUAGUCUUGUUUUCUUUCCUCAUUGUUGGCCCGUGAAACCUCUUUACUUCGAAGUAUUUACAUGUUAGUUCGGAUAUUUCAUUUUAACUUUCAAUCACCCCCAUCGUGCCCUCCUUCUGUCUCUCUGUCUCUGUCCAUCUUUCUUCUUUUCCGUGUUUUCUAUGUUUCACAAUCAUUUUUCAUCAUCACAGAUCCACGUUUCACGUAAGGCCGUGUCUUUCUGUUACCAUAUUAGUGUUGAUUUAUAAAUCUUUAUUUAUGACAGAAUAAGUAUUUGAAACAGUUUCUCUUAACACUGCUUCUGUUAAAUAUGAAUGUAAAACAAGAAGGGUUAUUUAUUUCUGCAGAAUUUUGUUAAAUGUGUUCAUCAUGAUAACUUACAACGAAUUGCAACAAGCGUUUUCUGAAGCUCCCUCGAGCAAAUAAUCUGUUUUCACGUUGGUACCAAGUCAUUUGAAGUCCGUGUACUGAACCCUACUGAAAAAGUUAUUAAAGCCUAAUGCCUUCAUGAAAGUGAUGUUGAUGUACAAACAAUACCUGUAUGUGUACUUCUUUAUCUUUAUUUAUGUGUAUAUGUAUGGGUAUUGUUCGGGACUUUGGUCCUUUCUUCGAUUUUAUUUUCAUGCAACGACCAACUUUUUUCCGACAAUUUGUAUAUUUGCUCAAUACGGUUGUGACGGCGCUUUAAUAAUAGAUCAAUAGAUUUGUAAUACGGGAAGGGCGGGGAAGUUAAGUGAUUAGGGUAUAAAGCUUAAAAUAAUGACAAAAUCUCGAGUUGCGGCGUAUUGCGCUGAAACUAUUUACCAUGCUACCGAACAAUACCAAAUUUGUGUUACCAACUUAAGUUACUUUAUCUCUUUCUUCUUUCUACGAAUACCUUCUUCUUCUACUGUCCUUCAAUCCGUUAUUUUGUAAGGUUUUGAACACAAAUGGCUUGAUAGCUAUGCGUUGGUGGAGAUUCUCAUGUACGAAAUAAAUAAUUCAGUGAUGCAUGUCGUCUCGAUUUGCAUAAAAUGAUGCAUUGUGAAGCCACUGAUGAUAAAUAUGGAACGUUGUAAACAUUUUUUGUUAAAGUGAUUGAAGAAAAAUAUAUUGUACAAUGAAAUUUUUCUAACAAA